GUUUACCGCCAACUUGGCAGCUCAGUGCCGACACCUGAACUAAAAUUUGGCUUUAGUCAGACUGGCGUGUGUUUGUUUACAAUUGAGUUUCACGCUACAAGAGCGCAACAUGAAAUCGACGAGAUCUGAACGGAUGAUGUGAACUUGAUCAUCCUUAGCAGGUCAAGUGUAAGAAGUCACAUUUUCGUAAUCUGCAAAUAAUGCCACUUUCGAACCGUUACUUUUUGAAUGUGGAGAGCACACGAUUUCAGCAAAAUGACUAGUCUUACAAAGAGAGGUGCCCUAAUAGUAUUUGAAGGAUGUGAUAGAUCUGGAAAAACUACCCAGUGCAAGAAACUUGUUGAGAAUCUAAGAAAUAAGGGCAUUACUACAGAAUUUCUGUGUUUUCCUGAUCGGUCGACUGCCAUUGGUAAAGUGAUUGACUCAUACCUGAAAAAGGAGGAAGAACUCCCAGACAGGACCAUACACCUUACAUUUGCUGCAAAUAUAUGGGAAAAUGAACCAAAAAUAAAAUCUGCAUUACAAAAUGGAGUUACGCUGGUUAUUGAUCGAUAUGCAUAUUCAAAUGUGGCCUAUUCUGCAGCAAAGGAGGCAAUGGACUUUAAAUGGUGCACCUUACCUGGGACUGGGUUGCCAAAGCCAGAUGUAGUUUUCUUUCUGGAUAUGAACAUGGAAGCAAUGGAAAAGCGUGGUGGAUUUGGUUCAGAGAGAUAUGAAACAACAAAUUUCCAAAGAUCAGUUUAUAACAACUUCAAGAAGCUAAUUGAUAAGAGUUGGAAGGUUUUGAAUGCUGACCAAAAGAAAGACGUUUUACAUGAAGAAAUACUUACAAAUGCCCUAAGUAUCAUAGAAAAUGUGAAAAAUUCUGAAAUUGGUUAUCUGUGGUAGCUUUCAGUUCCAGAGAAGGGUGAUUGUCAUAGUUCUCCAGUUGCUGAUAAUGAGAAUCUCACACAGUUAAUAUACGUGUAAUGUAAUUUGCUCAUUUUUAUAUAUUGUUAUUGUUUGCCCUUUCUGCUGAAAGGCAAAGUGAUUUUUAAUAUGUAAGUGUUGAAUUAAAGAGAAAGAGAGGAUGUGACAGAGGAGACAGUACAUCUAAUAACAGGAAUCAUCUUCUAAUUCUCCUCUGUGAGAACUUUUUUAAAUAUUUUGUCACAGUUAUGAAGCAUGCAUAAAAAAAGGAUAAAAACA